AUGGCCGAGACUGGGAAUGCUGAGCCCCAGACGCCGAUCUCUGAGGGACCCAGCUCGCCCACCACACCCACGCAGGAGAGCAGCAAUGCGUCGGCCAAGUCGAUUACUGGGGAGCCGAUUGAGCAGCAGGACUUUGCCAAUCCGACCCUCAGCAUAAUACGGAACUUCUCGCGCAGCACGUCGGCAAGCUCGGUGGCGACCAAAGAAGAAACCCCUCCGCCGCUGCCACCCCGACCCGCCCUCGGUCUACUCUCACGACCCUCGACGUCGCACUCUACGGCCGCUGGGAGACCCCAACUCCUCUCCAAAGCCACCACGCAGCUGUCUGUCGCCCGGACACAGGCGUUCGCGACUGAGGCGAAAGAUGAGUCGCCCACGUCCUCGGGACCCAAGACACGCGACGUCUUGGGCGCAAGCCUAGGCGCUCACAACCUCAGCGAUGCCGACGACGGCGCGAGUAUACGCAGCUAUGCGCCGACAAUAGAGGCGGCAGGCUAUCAGGAGAGCCUCCUGGGCGAAGUCAUGGGCCAGGCAGAGAAGUCCGAGCAAGAGAAGUCACUGCUCAGGACGCUGGGCCACAAGUUCGUCGAUGCCGAAGCGCAAAGCAUGUUCCCGCCGGACCCAUACUUUGAAGAGGCUUUUCGUCGCGAGUUCGAUGAGGUCGACGAGAUGGCCAUGGAUGGGUCGAAUGAAGAAGCCGUUAUGCACCAGUGGCGCGCAAAACUGAAGCAUUUCCUCAUCCUCUCAAGUGCCGGCAAGCCCAUCUACAGCCGACAUGGCGACGACCAGCUCAUCACGAACUACAUUGGUGUCGUGCAGACCAUCAUAUCCUUUUACCAGUCCACCAACGAUAUAUUGAGAGGUUUCACAGCAGGCGACGUACGAUUUGUCGUCAUGUCCAAGGGCCCUCUCAACCUGGUAGCCAUCACGCGCUUACCAGAGAGCGACUCCCAGCUCCGGUCACAGCUCGAGGCACUCUACAUGCAGAUCCUAUCCACUCUCACGCUUCCUAGUAUGGAGCGCAUGUUUGCUGCGCGUGCGAACUACGAUCUUCGCAGACCGCUGCAGGGAACAGAGACACUACUAUCAGCGCUUGCAGAUGGCUUCACAAGAGGCUCACCAUCGACACUGCUCUCCGCUCUCGAGUGCCUCAAGCUCCGCAAGUCGCAUCGUACCACCAUCAACAACACACUUUUGAAGACCCGCUCCGAAAGUCUGCUCUACGGUCUUCUCGUCGCAUCCGGGAAGCUCGUGUCCGUCGUCCGGCCCAAGAAGCAUAGUCUGCACCCUGGUGACCUGCACCUGAUCUUCAACAUGCUCUUCGAAGCCGGUAGCGUCAAGGCUGGGGGUGGAGAAAACUGGAUUCCACUAUGCUUGCCAGGGUUCAACAACACCGGCUACUUGUACAUGUACGUAAGCUUCCUCAAUCUCGAACAUCCAACGGAGCAAAUGCAAGAGCGGCCUCGCACGAGCGAUGGAGCCGACGACGAAGUCGCGGUCCUCCUGAUCAGUGCGGAGAAGGAAAGCUUCUUCGAGCUUAGACGUAUGAGGGAUGAUUUAGUCGAGAGCUUGCAACGCAAUGGAUCCAUUGAGGCUAUACGCACAGCUGUGCAGCAAGGCCGUCCCACUUGUACAGACAUUGUGCCCGGCAGUCCGCUGAGGCACUUUCUGUAUAAGUCGAGGGGUAAUGUGCAGUUCACUAUGCCGAGCUACACACCUUACUUCGAGGGUGAUCUGGAGAAGAGACGAUUGAUCGACCUGUACAAUAAACUUCACAGUAAUCUGCACAACAAGCCGUCGACGCUUAAGGUGCAUCAUGAAACCAACACGACGUGUAUAGCGUUAGCGUGGAGUACACCGCUGUUUGAGCUUUAUGCUGUUGCGCCGGCAAAUACGUCGAGAGCAGCGCUUGCACAGAGUGCGAACAAGGUCAUUCAGUGGGUGCGACGAGAAGAGGAGAGAGUGUUCAUCAUUGGAGGUGCUGUAUUCUAG